AGUCUAAAUAUCCUUUCUUCUUCACCGGUGGCAAGGCAAUGGCAGUCCCCCUCACUUUCAUCUCCGGCAAACCACCAUUCUCCGCCACACCAUCACAGUUAACUACCAAUCUUUCACUCCCACUCACUCUUCUACCCAUCAUCCCUUCAAAGACUCAUGUUUCUAAACACCUCAUAAUAACCAAUGCUAUUGCUAAACAUUCACAUUCACAUAAAGCUUUUGUGGUCUCGAGGUUCGGUCCUGACGAACCAAGGAAAGGAUCUGAUGUCCUAGUGGAAGCACUAGAGCGCGAAGGGGUAACGAACGUCUUUGCGUAUCCAGGUGGCGCCACCUUGGAGAUCCACCAAGCGCUAACACGAUCAACCAUCAUACGCAACAUCCUCCCUCGCCAUGAGCAAGGCGGUGUGUUUGCUGCAGAGGGUUACGCACGCGCCUCUGGUUUAACCGGCGUAUGCAUAUCUACUUCCGGUCCAGGCGCUACAAACUUGGUCAGUGGCCUUGCCGACGCCCUUCUUGAUAGCGUCCCAAUCGUCGCCAUUACUGGACAAGUCCCUCGUAACAUGAUUGGUACUGAUGCUUUCCAAGAAACACCCAUUGUUGAGGUUUCACGCUCCAUUACUAAACAUAACUACCUAGUUUUGAAUGUACAAGAUAUCCCACGUAUAGUUCAUGAAGCUUUCUUUCUUGCCUCGUCUGGUCGGCCCGGCCCGGUUUUAAUCGACAUCCCAAAAGACAUACAACAACAGUUGGUUGUUCCCAAUUGGGAUGAACAACAACAACCUAUGAGGUUAGAUGGUUACAUCUCCAGGUUACCAAAGCCUCCAAACGAGACGCAUUUACGACAAAUUGUACGCUUCAUAAAGGAAUCGAAGAGGCCGGUUUUGUAUGUGGGUGGGGGUUGUAUGAACUCGAGUGAUGAACUGGGUCGUUUUGUAGAGCUUACCGGGAUUCCAGUGGCGAAUACUUUGAUGGGACUUGGAACAUACCCCGGGUCGCAUGAUUUGUCGCUUCAUAUGCUAGGGAUGCAUGGCACGGUUUAUGCGAAUUAUGCGAUUGAUAAAAGCGACUUGUUGUUGGCGUUUGGCGUCCGGUUUGAUGACCGUGUGACGGGAAAGAUUGAAGCGUUUGCGAGUCGAGCAAAGAUUGUUCAUAUCGAUAUUGAUCCUGCCGAGAUAGGGAAGAAUAAGCAGCCUCAUUUUUCGAUUUGUGGGGAUAUCAAGGCGGCUUUACAAGGACUAAACAAGAUUUUGGAAAGAGGUGAAGAUCUUGAUUUCGAUUUCUCACCUUGGAAGGAGGAAGUAAUGAAUCAGAAAGCGAGUAACCCGUUGAGUUAUAAAACGUUUGGGGACGCGAUUCCACCUCAGUAUGCGAUCCAAGUGCUGAAUGAAGUGACGGGUGGGAACGCGAUCAUAACGACUGGGGUGGGGCAGCAUCAAAUGUGGUCAGCCCAGUUUUACAAGUACAAUAGGCCUAGGCAAUGGCUAACUUCGGCUGGGCUAGGUGCUAUGGGGUUCGGGCUGCCUGCAGCUAUCGGGGCGGCUGUUGCACGACCAGAUGCAGUCGUGGUUGACAUCGACGGUGAUGGAAGUUUUAUGAUGAAUGUUCAAGAAUUGGCGACCAUUCGUGUAGAGAAUCUUCCUGUUAAAAUGAUGGUGCUUAAUAACCAACACUUGGGUAUGGUGGUUCAGUGGGAAGACCGUUUUUAUAAGGCAAACCGCGCGCACACCUACUUAGGAAACCCGACAAACGAAUCGGGUAUAUUCCCAAAUAUGUUGAAGUUUGCUGAAGCGUGUGACAUCCCCGCUGCGCGAGUAACCAAAAAGGGAGAUGUUAGAACCGCGAUUCAGAAAAUGUUGGAUACACCCGGGCCUUACUUAUUGGAUGUUAUCGUUCCACAUCAAGAACAUGUUUUACCCAUGAUCCCAGCCGGAGGGGGUUUUAACGAUAUCAUAACUGACGGCGAUGGCAGAACACAAUAGGCUCAAUACUAGUAUAUCAAAUAAAUUGGUUAGUAAAGCAUUGUGUGUUAAAUGUUAUAAUUAAUACAUGCAGUAUGUAUCUACCUCAUUUGUGGAA